CUUGGCCGAUGCAUGAUGCUCUUGGUGUCGAUCAGGUUUGCUUCGGACCCCUGGCCAAUACUUAUCUGUUUGUAGGUUCUUGGGGCAAGUUAUGUGAGAUCUGCCCGGUCCAGACUGAAAUCCUUACGGCAUGCAAUACGACGCUUCGAACUCGCAUGGAGCCUGACAUUCCUGUGCACAGUACAUACCCCUCCCCCUGGAUUGUGUCAUCCUUUGUGUUAGUACUCUGUAUUCGGAGGGGUGUUUGUUGUGAUAUAGAAUGUGUAGAUAUAUGCCACAAUCACACUAGAUUGGGGUAUAGCUACCCGUAGCCCUUAAGACCUUCAAUAUUGGCAGUGUAUAUUCACUAGAACUGUUUAGCCACCUGCUCGUGCGUCCUAGAAACACUUCGAAGCAUCACAAACUCGCAGCACAUCGUGUUUCAGGUCAAAUCGAACAAAUCAAGUAAACCCGUCACCUUGAUUGGAGGGGCUAGAUUGCCUCCUGAGCCACCGCUUCUUUACUCCCCGCCCUCUUUCUUUCUUUCUCAUCCACCUUUCUUCCCCGUCCUGUCAAGAUGGAUCCGAAUAACAGGAACAACAUGAACUACGGGUACAAUGACCGUAACUACAAUGGCAAUGCCAACAACCGUGCCUAUCCCACCACUCCCUCCGCGUUUCCCCAGCCCAUCUAUCAGACUCAGGGGGCUCAGGACUAUGUCGAUCCCUCCAACCCAGCGUAUGCACCGGGUUACUUCAUGCCUCAGCCCUACCCACCUCAGGUGCAGGCGCAGUAUGCCCAGCAACAGCAGCAACAGCAGCAGUACGCUCAGCAGCAAGCCUUGCAAUCGCCCCAACCCGCCUACCAACAGCGCAUGGGCUACGCCAAUGACGGUACCAACGGCUUGAUCCAGCAAUUUUCUAACCAGGACCUCAAUGCGAACCGAGCAGGCUUCUUCAAUCGGGCUGCAUCGCCAGCCCAGCGGCCUCGCACCGCUGGUGGUUCUCCGGCCCAGGCCCCGGCCCAGGCUUCACACCUGAUUCCCCCAGUGCCCCGUAGCCCUCGACCCCCCUCUGAGAAUGAGGAAUUGCAACGUUUCCCCGACCGGUACUCAGAGAAUGUGCACAAGCGGGGCAAGGCCGCGAAGGAGCUUGUGACUGUGUUUUUCCACGAGAACAUUGAGCGGGCCCGUGACCGUAACAUGCGCUCGGCGGAACUCGACAAAACAAUUCGUGACCCCAACCUCCCCAUUGAGAAGAAGCGCCAGGAUGCCGAUGUCAUCUCAAAAAGAGAAUCCGACUUCCUUCGAUUCCUACGCACCAAGGAGACUCCGAACAACUUCCAGACUAUCAAGAUUAUUGGAAAGGGUGCUUUUGGUGAGGUCAAGCUCGUGCAGCGCAAGACCGAUGGCAAAAUCUACGCUCUCAAGUCUUUGAUCAAGACGGAAAUGUUCAAGAAGGAUCAACUCGCCCACGUCCGUGCUGAGCGUGAUAUUUUGGCGGACUCAAAGGACAACCCUUGGCUGGUCAAGCUACAUGCUUCGUUCCAGGACACUGCGUAUCUUUACCUGCUGAUGGAGUUCUUGCCUGGUGGUGAUUUGAUGACCAUGUUGAUCAAAUACGAGAUCUUCUCCGAGGAUAUCACCCGCUUCUACAUGGCCGAAGUUGUGAUGGCAAUAGAGGCUGUGCACAAGCUUGGCUUCCUUCACCGUGACAUCAAACCCGACAACAUCUUGCUUGACCGCGGUGGUCACGUCAAGCUUACCGAUUUUGGUCUUUCGACCGGAGGCAAAAAGACCCACGAUAACGCUUAUUACCAGAACCUUCUCAAAAACUCUACUUCCAAGGACCGGAACCGCAACUCUGGUUACUUUAAUGAUGCGAUUAACCUCACGGUAUCCAACCGUGGACAAAUCAACACCUGGCGAAAGUCCCGUCGUGCCAUGGCCUACUCGACUGUUGGAACUCCGGAUUAUAUUGCGCCUGAAAUCUUCAACGGCCAAGGAUAUACCUACCUUUGCGAUUGGUGGUCUGUUGGUGCUAUCAUGUUCGAAUGUCUGGUUGGCUGGCCUCCUUUCUGUGCGGAGGACACAACCGAUACCUACCGGAAGAUCGUCAACUGGAGAGAGUGCUUGUACUUCCCUGAUGAGCUGGUUCUCUCGCGUGAUUCCGAGUCCCUGAUCCGGAGUUUCCUUUGUGACCCCGACCACCGUAUCGGCAGCGAUGGUGGCCAACAUGGAGGCGCGUCACAGAUCAAGAACCAUCCCUUCUUCAGAGGAGUUGUCUGGGAUCAAUUGCGGAGCAUUCGCGCUCCCUUCGAGCCACGCCUCAGCUCCAACAUCGAUGUGUCAUACUUCCCCAUUGAUGAGAUCCCACAGGAGGAUACCAGCGCCAUCCACCGUGCCCAGGCUCGUGCCAUGCCGGACUCACAGGAAGCCGAGAUGAGUCUGCCAUUCAUCGGUUACACCUACAAGGCCUUCAACGCCUUCCAGAGUAACUAGGCUUGCACGUAAUCCGAGACUGAUCGAUUGACGCUGGAAGAUUCUAGGAAGCAGGCUGGGCUUGCAUCCGUUUUUUAAGCAUCCUGUUUUGUCGACCAGACAACACUCGGUUUUGUUUUCAUCUCUACACAUUAUCAUUGAGCAUAUCAGCGCGAUGUUUUCCUGAAUCAUGACCCACCUUUGGUUUCACUUGUUGAUAUCUAACGCCCUGCAUUUUCUUCCGAGGCACGCAUACUAUUUUUCGGGGGUAUCCUGUUAAGAGCAGUUCCUAGUUAGCCUUGGUCUACUAGGAUAGGGUCCCCCGAGAGAACAAAUGGACUCUAUUUUUAGGCGAUAUAUCGGUAUUGUAGUGACUGUAACUUUCCUACAACGAUCAGACUACGCAUGCAUGUACUAUAAGCAAAGCUGUAGAGUCAAGGAUAGGAAC